CACGUAAGCAACAUGCAUCGUACGUUCUUCGAAGCUACAUGUACAUGUACAUGCUGUGGUGAGUUUGUCGUCGUGUGGGGGCCAGGCAUGUGUAGUAAAAGAACUUUGGAACACGACGACCAUUAUUUUGUGACACAGAGGUUCUUAAUAAUUCACCGUAGACAGAACACCAACUUUGGAGCAUCCUUGGGAUCUUGUGAAGCAGCCCGGAUCUUGGAAAUGUUUCGGCAGGAUUUACCAGCCAAAAUAUUAGCCAUAUCCGGGUAGACUGAGUAGAGUUAAUAAUGCCUCAUCACGACCAUAGGCAGAGGUGAUUGUGCGUGAUGGAUGUUUGAAGCUGUAAAUGGAAGCUCUAUGGUAUAAAGUUGUGCAACCAUGAAUGACACGGACAACACGACAGCUGUGACCGACUACUCUGACUAUGUCACCUCCCCGUCGUCAUUUAUGGACUACAGCAAUGAUACGACCCUCAAUGACACCAGUACCAAUACGACUACUGAUUCUUCUCUUGCUCUGAACGCAGGGCUCGGUAGCUUGUCAUGUGUUAUAACACUGUGUGCCAUUUUGGCCAACUCACUGAUGGUGGCUCUAUUUGCACGCUUCCCCGGCUUAAGAAGUCCAGGGCCAGCUUUCCUUCUGUUGAAUAUGACAGUAGCAAACUUGAUAGUGGCAGUGACAGCCCUGAUCCCAAAUACAGUUGCUUUCUUUGUGAAUGGGUGGCUUUUAGGAGACCUUGUAUGCCAACUCAGCGCUUACCUCUCCUGCUUUGCCUUCCACUUGACCGUCCACACUAUGGGCGUGGCGUUCUUCGAGAGAUACCUCAAGGUCUGUCGACCCUUGAAACACGCUGAGAUCUUCACAACAGUGGUGACCGUCAUCCUUGUCGGCGGACUCUGGUUCUUUGCUAUGGUGCUUGCCCUUUUCCCAUUAGUUGGCUGGGGCGAAUACGCUUAUCUUCCUCUUCAACGUCAGUGCUGGAUUAGCCCGGGUGGUUGGCAAGGACAUCUAAGUCACAUGGGGUUCACCCUGGUUUUGACAUUAUUGCUACCCGUCCUCACAUCCCUAGUCUGUCUGGUCACCGUUAUAAGAUUUGCCGCCAAGAAACGCAAAGUCGGCGCUCUCGACGUUCUUGGAGACCAAGGCAAAACAGGAAUUCAGGAGACUUAUGGACGCAAAAUGAAGAGAAAAGAGCGAGAACUUAAACAAACCAUCAGGGAAAGGAAGCUCAAGAAAGUGAAGAAAAAGAAGGGGAAAAAGAAAAAGAAAAAAGAAAAAAAAGAUGACCAGUCAUCUUCCUCAUCUUCGUCGUCGUCGUCGUCGUCGUCGUCAUCAUCAUCAUCAUCAUCAUCAUCGGAUGAGGACGAACGUCCUUCUUACAAAAAGUACAAGGAAGCUAAGAACAAGCAGAAGGCAGAGCGCUACCGGGCAAACGAAGCCGCCUUAGUCCGUACUCUUACCUGGAUUUUGUUACUUGUCCUCUUGACCUGGGUUCCUUACAUGGUUGCCAAAUGUCUCCAGACUCUGGAGCCCACAAGCGGUAUAAUCCCACCAGAUGAAUUCCUGAUUGUUGCUGCUUUCUUGACAUAUUCUACGCACGCGAUCAUGCCAAUAAUAUUGUUACUGGACUACAGGAAGUACCGUAGAGCUGUUGUAGCUCUCUUUUCCCGCAAGAAAAUGGAAGUGGGGAAGGACCACGCCCAAAAUCUGGACCUGGAUUUGGAACAGGGCGAAAUGGACUCUGGCAUUGAGCUCACAAACGCUGGGAAUUUAGCUGAGGGAUCUAAAACUAGCGUCAAAGCUGAUUAGUUGCCAAUUAGUUAGUUCUGUAAAAGAAUGUUAAGAACAUACAGUUUGUUUGAUCGUUUGUCACUGUCGACAAUUUAGAUUUGUUUUGUAAAUUUAAUCAUUGUAUGACCUCUUGACCUGGUAUAGGCACUUUUGAGUACAGCAAGAUCGUUCAUUACUACAUGGUUGUUUCGCAUACCCGACUAAACCUACGAUGACACCACGGGUAGGCCUACGCGUGAAGGAAGUAAUCGAAUGAGCUGUACCGGUAGAUUAAUGAUUGUGGUGCGGUCAUUUAGAGGGCGCCAUAAUCCCAAGGUCUUUUUUCGUUUUUUUAAUGGAUAUAAUCUGUAUUUUCAUGUGGGAAUGAAUGGAUUGAUCUACCUGGCAGAGGUGAGGUUGAGGCCUUGGUCCGGGAAACCCCCGAGCAGGAUUUUCAUGCAUCUAGUGGGUGUCCAGUUCCACAUGGUUUUAUAGAUACACAUUUUGACCAAAUAUUACUUUUUUUUUAAAGCUAGGCAUCAGUGAUUGGUCGAGACAUCUGCUAUAGGUUGAUAUUCAUUUGAUCAUCACAAAAUUUAUUACCACCUUGUAACCAUUAAACGCUGUCGAUGUUUUCACAGACUGACAAAAAACUCUUUUUCGAAGACACAUUUAUCCGCCUGUAUGUAAUGGAUUGGGAAUUUGUUGUCAUGUCUUGUAAUGCAUUCUUUGUUCUGUGUUAAUUCACACUUGGUUGUUAAAAGUAAUUCAUUACACCUUUUAUAAACUUCUUGAAAACAGCUGAACUUUUUGCCACGACAUUGUUCACGUUUGCCAUCUCUAGAAAAAUAGUUGUUUCUAUUAUUAUUACAAGAGCACAGCUCUUUUCAAGGUCGUGGGAAAUAAAUAUGUAAACGCUCUCAUUCUUCCAGUGCCCAGCGCUGCUAAAGAAGUACCUCGCUCGGUGAAAACACACAAAUACAGAUCGUAUUUGUUUAUGAUUAGAGUAAACAAAUUGCUCCGAAAUUUGGUCAUAUUGUUCUUUGACUCAAAUAUUUGGUUCUACAUUUCUAUGAACCGAGAAAUUGACCUUCGGAACGCCAUACCGGUGCUCUACCAAUUGAACUAUCCAGCGCUACGUUUGUUAUAAGUGAUCUCGAAUAGAGAACCUGAUUGACACCCCCCCCCCGAAAAAAGGCUUGUGGGCGUGGUUUUGAAUAUCUAAAGUCACUGGAGAUAGCGCUUAAACAAAUAAACUUGUUAAUGAUGUAAUUGAAAUACCGAAAUAGUUACUCAGACGGUUCAAGCGGAAUCAGUUGACAAAAGAUUAGGACGAAAAAUUAAAGUGCCGUAAUUAACGUUCCAACUUUUGUGCCACUGAAUGUGUAUUGACUCUCCUGCCUAAGUUCGUGGAAUUAUGGUCACUUUUCUGGAUGAUUUAUUUUCUUCGGUGUGAUUAUUUAAAAACUUAUUUUGCCAACACACCAAAAACUUGAAAAGAAAUGGAAGACAGAUAAGACAAAUUAGUUUUGUUGAGAAACCCUAGUAACGUCGGCCUGCAGGCAAUUUGUCAUUGAACUUUUUGAUUUUACGCUGUUUUGAGUGGGGCUUGAAUGUUUUGCAUCAGGGACAUUGCUUUCAAUAUUACAUGUUUUGGCCUGGGAGAGGCCAUUGAUUUCCUUUGCAGCUCCUUCAAGUUUUUUCUUUUGAUCUCAAAAAGGGUUUGUUGGAGUUGAGCCCUUCUUUCAAUUACGUAUUCAGUUUUCGUGAUGAAGACAUCUUUAAAGUAUCAGUAACAAAAUGUUCAAAAGGUGUCUCCAGCUUCCAGUUUGAAAGCUUGGUAAAGAAUGGGGUAGUAAAUUGCUGUAAAUAAUGCACAGUGUGUGUUUGUUAAUUCCUUGUCGAAUCAGUAUAAAAACACUGUAAACAACUUUAACCACAGAUAAGACCCUCCAUGCAAGUGCAAAAACAAUAGCAAUUCUGAUUGAAAUUUUUACAGUAUAGUGUAACCUUUAACAGUCUAGAAACUUCACUAACUCUUUGAUAUUGUUUGUGGAGCAUGCGCCUAACGUUUGAAUUGGAAUAAAGCACACCUAAGCAUCCAGAACCAAAUUGUCGGGGGUAAGUUUUCGGGGGAAUUUUACAGGAUUUAGAAAGAAUAGAAAUGAAAUAGUCCCAAAAACGGGAUUUGUGCAUUAUUCUCAAAAAUCAUAACCAAACACUUGCUCCUCUUUAAGGAGCGGCUCUGUUUCCCCAUGGAUCCGUUAUGUGAACAGUACCACCCAAUGUCAUUAAUUCAGCACGUUUAAUAAAUUAUAGGCAGUUGUGUCCUUAGAGA